AUGACGUACGACAACGAUGUCGAGGAUAGAGGCACGUCCGGCUCGCGAACACCGCUCCUGGGAAGCUCAUCGCACCAGAGAAUAGGACAAGAGAGCGAAGGUCAUAUAUGGAGUUUAAUAACGGUGUUGCAAUUCUUCGGCGGAGGUAUCUAUGCUCCUGACCCGACGACGUACGACCCUCUGGAGAUCAUUCUCAAUACUGAAGAUCAGGACGAGCGAGACGACCUUACUGUGCGAUGGAGAGACAACAAGCUUAGUGAGCUCAAUUUUGUUGGUGUUGUGGCUGCCCUUUUGGCAGGCGUUCUUACCUCUACCGGGAGCUGGCCUAACAUCUUACCAAACGGAAAAGAGUCGCCAUGGUCUGUGCGCACUUCGUGGUACUGUGGUAUCAUACUGUCGCUUUUCAGCAUCCUUACAGCUGCUGAUCAGACUGUACGAUUGCACCGCCUUUCAUCACAUCGCGAUGGACUGAGCAACAUCCGCAAGUUACUUUCCAAGACGAAUGGCGAAAAGAGCCACUCAUCCAAGACUGGCCGUCGGACGCCUAGCCUGCUCCAAAUUAUCACAUGGCAGAUGCCGGUGAUGUUUCUGACAUCGGCUACUCUCUGCAUGAUUAUUGGGAUGUUCCUUCACGUCUGGUCGGCGACUACGCACUUGCACCAUCCGACAAUGUGGGACGAUAAUACCAAGGUUGCGAUCACGUAUAGUACUGUAGCAAUCGUCGCAGUCACGCUAUUCUUCGUCGGACAAGUCUCGCUUUACUCGCCGGUUCGACGAUAA